GGCAAGUGUCAAAAAAUUUAGGAAAAUUUUAUUCAAGUUUUCGCAAGAUGUGACAUUUGCUUUUGGAGUUUCCUUUUUUUAUCCAGGUCUCCGGACAAACCUCGUGCAUCUAUGAACCUUGUACUUUUUAACAAAGUUAAUUCCAAAGAUCAAGAUCUGAAACAAGGCAACAUGUACUCUGAAUGGGUUUCUCUGAGCGAUGCCAUUCAGAAUGAAUGUGGGGAUAGCAGAAGUGUCUUGGACAAAUUUUCUGUGGGCGAUGGCAAGAGUGUAGCAGCGUCUGUAGUUAAACAACUGACUUACAAUCUUGGCAUCACACAACCGCCGGAACCAAGUCUGCUAACAGAUGAUCGAGAGGUCCAGUGGUGUAUGGAGGUCAUUUGUCAUGGACUUAGUCUACCUCUGAAUGAGCCGGACGUGAUUAGAGAUUGCGUCAAUGUAUAUUGUGACUGGUUAUCAGCCCUUCAUCCAAAACCAAAAAUCAGUGUUCCAAGACCGAUUUGUGAAGAUCCCAACAUGUAUGCCAGACGGAUCAUCUCUCACUUUCACAAUUUGUUCGUCCCCCGCAAAGGAGAAGUCUGGCCUUUUUUGUAUCAGGACAAUUUGGGUGCUGAUACAAUCAAUAGACAGGCUGUCUUGUGUCAUCGAGUCUUGCGAACAUUACAGCAUCUCGCCCAAGUUUCCUCCUCUCUGGAUCGAGAAACGUGGGAGGCUCUCUUAAUCUUCUUACUUUCAAUCAACAACACUCUGCUCGCUCCUCCAACAGUUAAAGAUGAUGUCGGAGACCAACUUUGCGAACGUGUGUUAAGCGUCUUAUUAGAAGUUUGGCUGAUUGCCUGCGUACGUUGCUUUCCUUCACCGCCUUUGUGGAAGACACUCCGAGAGAUGGCCAUGAUGUGGCGUCACCGAACGCCUCUCAUCGAACAGUGGAAUCGGGUCAACCUCAUUCUCACUGCAAGGCUUUUAGAUUUUAUGUAUGGACCCUCGUUCCCAGAGCUGAAAAUGAGUGAGGAAGAUAUGCAGUUAAUUCCCAGUGAAAUGUCGAAUGACUGCAUUGCUCAGAGCUGGUAUCGUUUUUUACACACGAUUGGUAAUCCUGUGGACCUCUGUCGACCCCACGUCAUAAGUCAAACACGCAUGUUCCUUCAAUACGCUCUCACUAAUAAUAACUCUGACCCAACUUUACAUCCUUGUCUGUCCGUUCUGCCCAUCAAUUUCCUGAAAGCCAUAAAAGGGAUAGCCAGUCAAGUCGAUGCUUUUCUAGGAAUUCCUUCUACUGUCGUUUGGGAAGUCCCCUCUUCGGUAGCCGAGAAGGUGAAGCCCCCUACAUUCUCUCCUACUCCCCCCUCUCAGCGACGUAUCUCAAAAAGUUUUAGCGUUUCUUCUUCUGCAGUGACAAAGGGUAUUCCUAAAGCAUCAUUAAUUGGAAUAACAUCUAGUCGUCUCCCAAAUUCAGGGCAUCCAUCCACUCCAACAAACUCUGGACCAUCAUCUACCUCUAGUUUAAGCUCCAUGUCCUCAAUCGGUCCAGAGGCCCGAAGCCUGUUGGCCUCCGCACGCCCCAAGUGCAAUAGUAUUCUGAGGUUGUUCGGUGAAUGGUUAUUUGAAGCUGCGCAAAUUGGAUCUGAUCUAUAUAAAACUAAACUCAGCAACAUGAAAAAUAGCAGCUCUUCGAAAAGGCCAAGUUCAGUCAUGAUAGCAGAAACAGCCAGUAUCAGCAGCAGUGGAUCCACACGCAAAGGCAGCGGUAGCCUCAAUCUGUCCCAGCCAAACUCUUUAACGGAAGAGCUAGACAUUCCAGCAAAUCUGACGUCUGAUCGCUACCAGUCAGGGCGUGCCGAAGCUCUUGGCGCAUUGUGUCGAAUUUUCUGCUCCAAGAAAACCGGAGAGGAAGUCCAUCCUCUAUACUUAGCCAAAUUUUAUAUUGCACUUCAACAAGGCCUUAGAAUAAGUGACAAUCGUGAGUGUGAUGAAACUUUAGCAUGCGCUCUUUUAAACUCAUCAGACCUUCUUCGUUUGGACCUGGACGGAGUGCAUCUCUUAGUCCCAUUCAUCAUCGACGCUUUAGAAAUAGUUUUACCUGAAAAGGAGCUCAAAAUCAAAUCUACCAUUUCUAAAAAUGAACUACGAAGGGCAUCAAUUAAUCUUUUGCUGUCAAUGUUAGUUCUUCCUCUUCAUUUUCAGAAUAUGGUGAUCAAAGAAUUAAACUCGACUGUGAUAGGACGAAGUCCAUUAAGAUUUAUUCAAUUGAAGCCCAGACUGAUGAACCUUCUGAUCAAUGCCUUACAAGUGGAAAAAGAUCCUCAGAACACUCAAAUGCUCCUAGGUGGGCUGCUUCUUAGUGUCCAAGAUUCAGCAAUCUUCGAAGAUGUAGAGCAGUCUAAUCAAUUAGAUUCAAUGGGUGGGAGUGAGACCGCCUCAAAUCUUCUUUCCUCCGAUUCAAUGAGCACUUUUAGUUUAUCGAGCGAUUAUCGAAACCACGGCCAUGACGGGAUGCUUACAGACGGCAGUUUGGAUUCGGCCAAUUUCAUCCUGAGUGACGUAAACGAUUAUCCGUAUUUCCUGACUGCAUCAAAUAGCAAAAAUUUUGCUCAUGCCUUAUUCCGUCGUGCCACUGAUCUCGUUUGCCAUUGUUUGAUCUAUUCUUGGAAGACUGAACUCAAUGUCUCGCUAGCUGCUCUUGAGCUCUUGUCUGGACUCGCUCAGACACAUAUCAAAGAGACAGAUGCUCAAGAGUGCAAAAUUAUCGUCAAGUGGAUCUGUGAUUACAUUUCAAACCAGUGCUCCCGGCCUCCACCGGCUCAUUCAAAAGACUUACACUCAACGAUUGUGGCAGCAUUCCAAUGCACGUCAACAUGGCUGAUCGCACAUCCGUACCUUUUACAAGACAAAGAAUCUCUCUCAACAGUGCUGGAAGUUGUUGAAUUGGGAAUCUCUGGAUCAAAAUCAAUGGGUAAACCAGGUGAACCUCCGAAACUGAAGGACGAAAAAGACUUGAAACCUGCCUCUAUGAGAGUUCGAGACGCUGCAGAGGCUCUUCUCACUGUCAUUUUGGAACAGGUUGGCAAUUUCCCCUCGCCCUGCGGAGCAGAAUCAAUUUCCUGUUUACUAGACGAGUUUUCCCUUGUUAAACAUUGUAACCUGGGAUUGGACGGCAAGAUUAGUCAGAGGGAUGCCAUUAACAAAUUCCGUUACUUCAUUGUAGACAAUGCAAUAAUGCUCGCAUUACUGGAAGAUCCUUUGAGUUUAGAUGAAGAUCCUCAACCCACAAUAACGGUAUUAGUUCGAAGCCCUUUUGGCCGCUACGCUUGGACACUUCAAUUAAGGUUCCUGCCACGUUACCGAUCACCAUCGAAGCACCAUCACUCUAGCAACCCCGGCAGACCAAUACCAAUUGACGAACCUCUCACUCGACAAACAAUUCGACAAAGAUAUUUCUCUGAUAUCAUGGAAAGGAUACCUCCCUGUAAAAUCGAUCAGUCGAUCCCCAAGCUUGAAAGCUUUCUAGUCGAAAAUGUUGAGUGCUCAGAGCUUUGCCAGUUGAUUGAUCAACAGCACUUGUCUGAGAAGCACGCUGCUUUGGAAGAAAAACCCAGUCCAGAAUACGAGAAGGAGUGCGCUCCACCGUCGCCGUGUAAUGAUUUUCAAACUGCAAGACUUUUCCUUUCGCAUUUUGGAUUUCUAGCCAGGCUAGAUGAGAAACAGGAAACUCCUGUUCCUCCCUUAAUUACCCUCGACUGUAAACACGCAAACUUCAGCGAAGAUUUGCGAGCUCUAGACUGUGUAAGUGAAAGGACGCACGAUACCUGUCAUGUAUUCUAUGUUCGAGCCAAUCAAAAGUCACCUACGGAAAUCUUGAACAAUGUUCUCAGCGAAUCUAUGGUUUCACCGCAGUUUUUUGAAAUCCUGCACUCCUUGGGAUGGCCUGUUGCUGUCGGAUCGCACCCUGGUUGGACGGGACAUGUGCGCACAAGCUGGAAAAUCAGUGAUAAAAACGUUCAUUCAUCAAAGUCCGCAGAUCAAAGUGAAGCUGUUCACGGAGGCUGCCUGUAUAACGGGAAGUCUCAGGUUCUCUACUGGGCAGACGCCUCAUCUGAAAUCGCCUUUGUUGUCCCAACUUUGGAUUCUAUUUCAAAUUCUACCCAACCAGAGAAAGACAUCAGAAGAAGUCCAGCUCAAGGCAAUGGCAGAACACAUUCUCCUGCAGACAGCGACAAUACCUCGAAAACUUCAUCGCCGCACAUUAGUGAAAGUAAUCGAAAACGACUUGUAAAUCCUAUAACCACUCUAAUGCUUGUAUGGUUGGAGAGUUUUGAAGAUCAUCUAACAUUCCCAAUUGAGGAUCUUCUCCCUUACACUGACACAGGGCAGCCAGGAUCAAAGACGCAAGAUAGCUUCAUUAUUUAUCUUCAUGCCUUGAAUUCAGGUUUACUGCGAGUGAAAUUAGUUGGACCACCUGGCAGAAUGAGCGUUGCCACGCCGUUAGUGGAUGGAAUGGUCAUAAGUCGUAGAGUUGCUGGAACGUUGGUACGCCAAACUGCAUUGAAUAUGUGCCGCAGGAGGAGGCUAGAUAGUGACAGCUAUCACCCUCCACAUGUUCGAAGACGCUUGAAGAUCCAAGAAAUCGCAAAUAAGUAUCAUAUCCAAAUGACACCUCCUGAACUUCUAACAUACCUAAUAAAUCAAAAUAGCUAGACUUAAAAACCUAGAAAACAAUGAAAGAAAAUUUUGCGCUCUCCAGGUUAUGAUCUGUUAUUUUAUUGACUCAAGAGAUCAUACAUCUUCUAUUUUAUCGUACUCAGAGUUACGGUGCUAUUUGACCUUUAAGUAAUCGAAGUUCAUAGGUGCCUUUUUAAAAUAAUCAUAGCCUGUUGACUCUUAAAAUUCGUACUGAAUAUUAUGGUUUUGGACAUCUGAGAAUAGCUUCCUUUGACCUCUUUUCAAUUUUCGUUUUUUGAAACAUACUUUAAAUAUUCCUUUGUUUAUCCUUCAUCUUGAUAGAAAAUUAUUCUCCCAUAUACUGUUAUACUAAGGAAGAACGCCAUAUGAACCUUCGUUCAUUGCAAAUUUCUUAUGAUGAAAUAAGAAUUUUCAGGAAAACUGGUGAAUUUUUUCCGUUUAAUUUUUCAGUGAUUUUUUUUUAAAAGUGAUCGAAAGUAUCUAAAAAUUUCAAUUGGAAUUAUUUGUAAUUUUUCUUAAAAAUCAAUAUUCAAAGCGGAGAAAUCCGGCAACGUACGAAUGUUUAUACGACAUUACUCCUCAGCAUAACAGUAGGUAAAGAUCAUAGUAGAACUGAGAACUCUUUCUUUGUAACAAGCCACAUUAAAAAAGUUGCUCCUGUAAUGUAACAGUUUUUGAGACGGCUCUUUGGUGAAGCCUCUUUCAGGACCUUCAAAUGAACCUAAGCACUGAAUACCAAAGAUUAUUUAUUUAUUUAUUUAUUCCCUGUAUCUUUUUUCCAUAAUACUGUGAUUAUUAUACAAUUGUUAGAUUUAGACUUGAUUGUAAAUAGACUGUUCAUCAUUGCCUCAGUGAGUGUGCAUCAUGUACACAAUAAUUGUAAAUAUUUUUGAACAGAUGAUUGUUGAAUUGCGUCUUGCCUGUCGGUAGGAAAUUAAGAUUUUUUGGAUCAUAAGUUAUCCUCUGUAUGCAUUUGAUUGUUUUUAACCAAUCAAUCUUCUCCCAGCCAUUUAGCUUUUACUUAAUGAACCAGGAUAGUUUAUUUUAAAACAAAGAGAGUUGUUUUAUCAUAGUAAAAUAUCUAUCUAUCGAUAUGAGGCAUCAAGAUCAGCUAGAAAUAUUCGUCCACUUAGUUCAAAAAUUUUGUCAGCCUGAUUGUGGUAGUGUUUUGUAAUUGUGCAUAGGGGAAAUAUUUGAAGAACAGUAUUACUUACAGGGUUACCACAUUCAGGAAAUGUCAGGAAAAAUUACAGAAGUGUCACGGAAAAAUUGUUAAGUCACCUUUGCUUUCCAGUGGAAUUUGACGUUUUGAACAUCAAAUUUUGCCAGAAAUCUAUUUCAAAGUACGUUUUUUUAACCGUCUGGCAUAUCUUCAAUUGUCAGAGAAUAAAAUCAAAGUGUGUCAAGUAAACUCGUUCUCUAAAUUCUGUGGGAACUCUGUAUUUAGACAUCUGUAGGAUUUUAUAUUUUCCUGUAAGACAAUGUGACUUUUAAGUACUUCUGCAAUUUCUUAUUUUUUAGUCGUCUUUUUUUGUCCAGAUAUUUUUGCAAAAUCAUCAACAAAAUAAUUAUCAAUUGAAAAGUUAUAAAUUCUUUCUCCCCUGUAGAAAAAGAAAAUUGUUGUCAUAAUUACGAAAUAAGCGCGAUUACGAUUUACUUUAAAUUUUUAUCUUUUGCAGGUGUAACUUGGCAAAACUCAAUUAAUUUUUCCAAUGAGAAGGAUUGUGGCUGUUAAAGAAAAAUUGCAUGAAUUUAGUUGAAUUAAGCCUUACUAUGUCAGACUUUGCCUAAUUUCUUUCCAUGUUUGAUUUUUUUUUAGAAAACCAAGCAACAUUCUGACUUGAAAUUAAUUAAGUACUUAUAUUAUACUUUAUAAUAAUGUAGAGAAAGUUCCAAGGCGCCAUGUUGUUUAGUUCUCUGUUAAAAAAAAAAGGUAAAACAUCAGGCAAAGUUAGACAUCAUCAAAUGCAAUUUGGCUGAUUCUGCCUCAAAAACCAUUUUCUGUGAAGUUCUAAAGAAGAACACUGUAUGACCUCAAACAUUUUUUUGGAGUUAGACAUGAUUUUUCGUUAACUAUGUCUGAGGGUUAAGUCAGAACAGGCGAAUCUUCUUUAUUUCAAGAGAAGUAAGGGGCACGAUAUUGAAUAAUCUAACAUGACAACAUGAGAAAUUCUUCAUGUGUUAGUGAAUGAAGUAAAUUUGAAGACAAUUCCCCUCUCGAACUUAGCCCAAAGACUGAGUUCUAGAGAACAUCUUAUCUAAUUCAAAUUGAACUGAUCUGUUGCUCUUUAUCCUUGAAGUCUUAUUUUUUAAACUUAUUGUUCAUGAAUAGUUUUUUCAAGUUAUGCCUCCAUUAUUUAUUGUUGUAAAAAUGUGUUAACGAGCCAUUUUAUCAGUCUCAUUUAUGUGAUUCAUUAAUAGUUGUUUUCAGAGCAUUUCUGAGACAGCAAGAGACUACCUGUGAAACUUAGUAAAAUUUAGUUCUAGUAUUACUGCAUCAAUUGCCCUGUAAAUCACUUGUAUUUUUAGUCAUAAAGUGCCAAAGCCACUUAAAUGAUCAGAAAGUUGUUCAUGUAAGUUUCUCAAAUAAUUCUCAGUAUAUUGCAGUGGUGCCCCAUAAUGAUCCAGUCGCAUCAUUCAUCGCCCUAACAAAAUUUACCUCUCUUUAUGAAAGACUUAUUAAUGACUAACAAACAAUACCGUCUAUUCUCACAACUGAUGAUUUUACAGGACGAAGAAAAACCUUCGCCACUCUUGAAAUUUUGAAGGUAUGUUACAAUUUUUUGUAUACUUUAAAGCUUGAUCCGACGCAAGAUUGGAAAAAACUUAAAAAAUAUCAGCUUGCGCAUCAUAUAAUGUAGAAUCCCACACCGUUGCUAACUCAUUCUGGCACAAAUUGUCUCCAAGGCGGUACCGUUUCUUUGACGAAAUACAACAUUCAAACUUUAAAAACAAUUCUGUGACACACAGAAUUCAUUAGCAAAUUAACAUGAUUGUUUGUAAGGUUUAGAAAAUCCAAAAGCUUAGAAUUUUUUUACGAUUACUAAGGAUUUAAAUAAUAAGGUUAAUGUGAAUUGACUGUGAAAUUGGUUAGUUUCCAAUUCUUUUUGCAAGCAAAUUAUUGACCCAAACGAAGAAAGUUGUUUAUAAAAGUUUUUGUACUGAAGUCGAGUCUUUAUUGUCUAUUUUUGUUCAAAGUUUGUCCUUAAAUAACACCUAAUUCAUUCUUCAAGAUUUCAGGAGACUUUCAAAUAAUACUUCGUUCAUUUUUGUACAGAAAACACAACUUUUUCUAACUACUCACUAAUGACCCCAGUUUUGACUAAAAUAUUGAUGAUGUACAAAAUCGAAAAUCUCAAUUUAAUAAUUUAAGGCGAUCGUUGUGGAAUCAUCUUCCUGUGAAAAUGCUGAACAUUAUUCAGAUUUAAAAUAUAAAGAGAACAAAACUCAGAAAUCUUUCACCCAUGAAAAGUAAAAACUUAUCCAAGUGUAACUCCCAAGAAGGUCAACUGCGUCUGUUUUUCGUUAUCUAAAGAAAAGACGAGGUCCUCUCCAAAUCGUCUGGUCUGCCAAAA